AAUGAUUCGAGGGCCGUUAGCGGCAACAAAAAGCCGAAGCGGUCACUGUCGGUUGAUGAACCCUGCAAGAUUUCGAGGACAGUCACCGCGACCGCCAUUCUUAAUCCCCACACUUUGUUCCCCAGUCCUGCAGCACUCACAUCACCAUGUUGCAGCAACGAUCGUCGCGUUUGCUUUCGUCGCUCUCCAAUUGUGCCUUCCGCUCAACAGCUGCACCGCUCAGCGCAUCGCUGCGAUGUCGGACCCAGCGGCCGUACAGCAUCCACGCUGAUGCCUCUGUCGGCAACAAGAUCCAGGAUAUCGACCCGACUAAGCUCAGCAUCACAAGGACGACCUCGCCGAAGGACUUGCUGCCCCCGGCGGAUCUCAUUUUCGGUCGCAACUUCACAGAUCACAUGCUCUCGCUCGAAUGGACAGCGGCAGAAGGAUGGCUACCAGCGCGUAUCACACCGUACCAGAACCUGAGCCUCGACCCGGCGACAUGCGUGUUCCACUAUGCGUUCGAGUGCUUCGAGGGCAUGAAGGCGUACAAGGACAAGAGCGGAAACAUCAGGCUGUUUAGGCCAGACAAGAACAUGGCGCGUCUGAACAAGUCGUCGGCUCGCAUUGCAUUGCCCAACUUCGACCCCGAUGCGCUCAUGGAGCUGAUUGGCAAGUUUGUCAAAGAGGACGCACGCUUCAUCCCCGACGCCCGUGGAUACUCACUCUACCUGCGCCCCACCAUGAUUGGAACCCAGCGCACCCUUGGCGUGGGCCCGCCUGCAUCCGCGCUCCUCUACGUUAUCGCGUCGCCCGUCGGCCCAUACUACCCCACCGGCUUCAAGGCCGUGUCGCUGGAGGCUACCGACUACGCUGUGCGCGCAUGGCCUGGCGGUGUCGGAGACAAGAAGCUCGGCGCCAACUACGCGCCAUGCAUUGUGCCGCAGAUGCAGGCCGCCAGCCGCGGGUUCCACCAGAACCUCUGGCUGUUUGGCGAGGAGGAGCACAUCACCGAGGUGGGCACCAUGAACCUGUUCGCCGCCAUCAAGAACAAGGAGACUGGCAAGCCCGAGCUGCUCACCGCACCACUCGACGGAACCAUUCUCGAGGGCGUUACGCGCGACUCGAUCCUGGCUCUUGCGAGGGAGCGCUUGGAGCCCAAGGGCUGGAGCAUCCUCGAGAAGAAGUUCACCAUGAAGGAGAUUGCUGACGCGUCCGACGAGGGCCGCAUGAUGGAGGUCUUUGGUGCUGGCACCGCCGCAAUUGUCAGCCCUGUGCGCAAGAUCAGCUGGAAGGGCCGCCUCGUCGACUGCGGUCUUGAAGACCACGUUGAGGCUGGACCAAUUGCGCUGCAGAUGAAGGAGUGGAUGGAGGCCAUCCAGUACGGUGACGAGGACCACCCCUGGAGCUACAAAGUCGCCUAGUUGACGCGACCUGAUCCUUCUCGCAUCGCCCCUCAGCGGCCACAACGGCCGUGUCCAAAAGUUCGCUUGAUCUAUGUGGAUCUAGACUCUCUGGCAAAAGGCGGACGCGUUUGUUUUGUACAUACAUCAUGUAGAGCUGUUUUGGGCGGCGUUUUAAUUACAUUUGCUUGCAAUUGAGAA